UGCCAACGCGUUCACAACACACGUCAUUCCUAGCCUCACGUGUGACUAUAUUUCUCUUCCUUCCUCUUCCCCUCUUUCCUCUUCUCUUCUGCUUACAUCAAGACACUAUCACCACCUCUCACCUCGUUCGUGCUCUACCAUGGCAGACGCAAACAUGGCCGAAGACACAGAGGUCUUCGACCUCACCCACGACGAAGACGCAGCCCACUCAUCCACCCAGCUCGGCUCGGCAAACGGCAGCACCGCAGAACGCAAGCGCAAAGCCGCAGAGAGCACGCAGUAUGGCACUGAAGACAUGAGCGGCGAGCAAGUCGAGCAAGAGGUUUCGGAGUACUCCAACACGCCUGCUAAGAGAGCGCGCGUCUUCGAUUCGUUCGAGGGGAUGGAUGACUCUGCGCAAGCUGGGGAGGAUGGAUUUCGUGCUCGUAACCCGUUUACUCACUUUGGGGACGACACUCGUGAUGCAGAUCGGUUUGCGCAUCCCCCUGGCUCUGAGGAUAACGCUCGUGGAGCUUCAAACCGGUUCAAUCUUCCUUCUGGCUCAAACGACACCCGUCGAGAUGCAGACCGCUUCGCUCACCCCCUUGGCUCUGAGGACGAUGGGCGUCGAGCUCUGAACCCAUUUGCUCAUCCCUCCGCCUUCGGGGACGAUACUCGUCAGGACGCAGACCAGUCCGCUCAUUCCUCCGGCUCUGACAAUGACCCUCAUGCUACUUUCUCCGGCUUCACUCUGCCCUCUAGCUCAAACAACACCCGUCAAGACGCAGACCGCUUCGCCUAUCCCCCUGGCUCUGGCGACAAGACUCGUGGGCCUCCAAACCGUUUCACUCUUCCCUCGAGCUCCGAGGAUGAAAACCGCGGCGCUCCAACUCGUUUUGCUCAUCUGCCCAGCUCAAAGGACGACAUCCGCGGUGCUCCAAACCGCUUCGCUCACCUCUCUGGCUCCAAGGACGACAACCGCGAUGCUCCAAGCCGCUUCAGCAACCAUCCGUCUCACUCGGGCGAUGAGAGUCCGCGCAGCAAGCUCGACUACGAGGCUUUCACCAACAUGCCGGCGGCUUCGGUCGGGCGGCGCAAGGCGAAAGGCGACAUGCUACCUCCAUCUCAGCCCGUAGCGGCUCGAUCCAAGUUCCAGCUCAGUCGCGGGGAGCACAUCGGCAAUCGCAAGCAAUAUCGUCCAUUGGCACCCUACCCAGAGAACACGACUCUGCUGUCCAAGGACACAAACAGAAUGUCGAAACACCGCGACGCAUACCUGCAACACCGCAACCCACACCCAACUACCACAACCCACGCACAGCAAGCCUAUGACCGCGGCUACCACGCCAACACCCACAACCAAUACCGCCCGCAAAUCCCCAUCCCCACGCUCCCCGCCUCCAUCACCGACCGCGCAACAGACUGGCCCUCCCUCUUCGCAACCCUCAACACCAUACCCGACCUCCUGCGCACCGUCGCCGCCGAGCUCGAGCAGCCCUUCCUCGCUAUGGAUCACCGCUGCACUCUGCUUGACCGCCGCGUGCACGAAGUCGAGAGGGAGAAUGCGGCGCUGGGGCGCGAGGUGGAGGCUUUGAGGAGGAUGAUUGGGGGGUUGGAGAGCAGGGUUGGGCGGAAGAUUGCGGGGUUGGUGGAGUUUGUUGAGGGUGGUCGGGGGAAUGGACUGGGAGAGGGGGAGAAGGAGGGGAGGGGAGAGUUUGUUUAUGGGGGGUUGCCGGGUGUGCAUUGAGUGGUGAUGGGGUUUGGGAAAGGAGAUAACGUAGGAGGCAGUUCGACAGAGCUGGGAUCAUGAGAGCGUGAAUAACAG